GAGGGGUCCUUUUAAAUCAGACAAGCGACGCGAGUUACUUUUUUUCAGUAAAUCCGCUCGUUGCUGUUGUUAGUGUAGGAUUGACCUCUGGAGAAAUUAAUGUAGGUGUCGCUGACCAGAGGUUAUCGUGGACCUCUGAGGGAGUUGGGUGUGUUUGUGCCGCCGUAGAGAGGUUUGUUCCGCGGGGACUAACAUGUGGAGCUUCGGCCACCGCGUCCUUCAGGAGCUGCUCAGGCAACCAGCGGUCCGGAGUUUCUCUCUGAGUCCUGUCCAGUGUACAGUAGUAGUGGAGCGAUGGUGGCAGGUCCCUCUGUCCAAAGAGGGCUGUCCACCAAGGCUGAACCCUCGAAGACACAGAAUCUACAAACUGGUGGAAGACUCCAAACACACUCCGACUGAGAAGAUGGAGCUCAUUCUGACUCAGACUGUGCCGAAACUCGGUGGGCGAGGCGACACCGUACUUGUGAAGAAGUCUGUCGGCCGUAAUAAGCUGCUGCCGCAAGGCCUGGCGGUGUAUCCGUCACCAGAGAAUAAACAGAUGUUUGCCGAGGAGCUGAGACUUCUGCGAGAGGGACGACCAGAGGAGAGAGCUCAAACCCGAACAGGACUACUGACAGUGGAGUUCCUUAAAAACGCCAAGCUGAAGAUCAACCGAACAACCUCUGAUGAGUUCCAGCUCACUAAAGAAGUCGUCUGCAGGCAGCUUGAAAAACAGUGGGGACUCAUCGUGCCGCUCCAUGCUCUGAAUCUUCCAUUUGAGCCAAUCAAGGAGUUGGGCGACUUCUGGUGUGAAGUUACUGUUAACGGCCUGGACACAGUUCGAGUCCCCAUGUCGCUGCUGCCGUAUGAAGACCCAUCUGCGAGUUACCAGAAGCUGCUGAAGGCACGGCGGAAGCAGCAGGAAGCUUCAGGUUUAUUAGAGGCUGAUGAGGAUUCUGUUGGUGAUGCAGCAGAGGUGGAGGCUGGUGGAGACUCUGUGAGUGGAAACAAUCAGACGACACAAACGGCUGCACCAAGCGAAACCCCGGAUGAAAAAUAAAGGACUCCAGAUAAAAAAAAUGAUCAUAAAAAUAAAACUGAAACUAAUUUUCCUGUGAGAUUUCCGAGUCUUGUGACAAGAACGGUGCAAAGUCACUGCUAAUGCUUCUAAUCGGAUCUUUUUCUGCUUCAUCUUUGGCAGGUCGGUAAUAAAAAAAACAUCUAAGGAAGCAAGAAAAUUAAAAAUGUUUAUUGUUUUUUUUUGUUAAACCACACACAACACAGGCACAAGGUAAACAAAAGAGGUGUUUGGAGCAACACUUAAAUACGUCAGAUUAUGAAUUUGGAAUGUUGAUACAAAACUGCAGUUGUUGUGUUUUUACAUGUUUUCCGUCCCAAAGCUGUGAUCAGGUUCAACCGAGUGUGUAAACGUAUCCUUACUUACACCAAAUGUAAAUAUGACGUUUGGAGGUGUUUGUAAAAUGCUACCGGUGUUGCUACAGCAGACUGAACGCCACAGGAGGGUCAUCUGCUUGUUGCUUUUGGUAAAAAAUAACUUUACAAUCACAGAGUUCAUAUCUGAACACAUGAAGGUGAAAAUCCAGGAUGAGGUUCAGAACAUGCAUUCAGGGAAUCUGGAGUUGGACAAAAUGAGCGCACAUUCUGAACUGCUUCACCUAAAUAAAACACCAAAGAUAGAGGGGGAAAGCUAAUAAAGGUAGAAAUAUAAGAUACUAGCAUUCCUAAUAAAAUUAGCAUUUAGCUCUGCCUAAUCGGUCACUCGUGGCUCAACUCAGCUAAUGAAACAGAAUUUUUCACCUGUAUGAUUUAUUUGCUAUAAUGCUGCAUAAUCACCAGAAAGUCGUGUUUGGUUCUCUGGUUGGUUUUCAGUUACAGAAAUAAUAAAAUAUCAAGUUUUCAGCAUCAU